AUGACUGUUUCGGAGUUCAGGAGCUCCACAGUUCGCCGUGAGAGCGGCGCAGUGCCCGCCCGGAUCGCUGGCUUUCUGCCUGGACUACGCUACGACCUCCGUCCCAUUGUUUUCAUUUUAGCUCGUGAUGAGGACGGCGGAGUAAAAGGCGCCAGUGUUUGGUGUCCUUCCAGAGAGAAACAUCCCAAACUGCUGCAUGAGGUUUUAAAACCUGAAACGGAGCUACAAAGAGCAGCUCGGGGAGAAGUUGAGGAGAGACACUUCAACAUGGACUCUGAGAGGAAACUGUCAGCUGGCCAGUGGAGAGCUUUACCUUCAGAUGUCCAGAAAGUGAUUGUUGGUGAAGAACAUCAGCAGGAGUGGAGCUCCAGUCUGGACCAGGAGGACACAAAGCCCCCACACAUUAAAGAAGAACAGGAGGAACUCCGGAUCAGUCAGGAUGAAGAGCAGCUUCAAGGGCCGGAGGAGGCUGAUAUCACCAAGAUCACAUUCACUCCUGUCCCUGUGAAGAGUGAAGAUGAUGAAGAGAAACCUAUGUUCUCACAGCUUCAUCAAAGACAAACUGAAGAGAUAAAAACAGAAGCUGAUGGAGAGGAGUGUGGAGGACCAGAACCAGCCAUGAAAUCAGAUCCAGAUACACAUUCACAACCAGAUACUGAUGAUGAGACUAGAGACUCUUCUGAACCUGAGACUGAUGACAGUGCUGAUUGGAAAGAGACCAGAGAACCUCAGUCAGGUUCAAACUCUCUGAAUAAUGAUACAUUCCCUGUUAGUGCUUCAAGAUGUACUACUGAUGAGAAAGCAUUUAGCUGCUCUGUUUGUGGGGAAAGAUUUGGCACCAGAAUAAAUCUAAAGAGACACAUGAGAACUCAUGAAGGCGAGAAACCAUUUAGCUGCUCUGAGUGUGGGAAAAGAUUUGGCACCGAUGGAUAUUUGUCAAGGCACAUGAGAUAUCAUACAAAGAAACCAUUUAGCUGCUCGGUCUGUAAGAAAGGCUUUACAGAGAAUGGACAUUUACAGACACACAUGAGAAGCCACGCAGGAGAGAAGGCAUUUAGUUGCUCAGUCUGUAAGAAAGUUUUUACAGAGAGAGGACAUUUAAAGGCACACAUGAGAAUCCAUACAGGAGAGAAACCAUUUAGCUGCUCUGUCUGUAAGAAAGCUUUUAGAGUGAAUGCUGAUUUAAAGAAACACAUGAGAAUCCACACAGGAGAGAAACCAUUUAGCUGCUCUGUCUGUAAUAAAGCUUUUAGAGAUUAUGGAAAUUUUCAGACACACGUGAGAAUCCACACAGGAGAGAAACCAUUUAGCUGCUCAGUCUGUAAGAAAGCGUUUAAAGGGAGUGGAGAAUUACGGGCACACAUGAGAACCCACACAGGAGAGAAACCAUGUGUCUGCUCUGUCUGUAAGAAAGCUUUUGCAGUGAAUUCAACUUUAAAGCAACACAUGAGAACCCACACAGGAGAGAAACCAUUUAGCUGCUCAGUCUGUAAGAAAGAUUUUACAGAGAGUAGAAGUUUAAAGAAACACAUGAGAUUCCACAAAGGAGACGAAUCGUUUAGCUGCUCAAUCUGUAAGAAAUGUUUUGCGCGGAGUGAACAAUUAGAGAUGCACAAGAGAACCCAGCACACGAGAGUUACGAGCUCCCCCGUUGUUUUUAUUCUCCCUGUCUCUAUCCCUGUCUGUCUGUCUACUCAGGUGUUAGUGGUUGGCUCCGCCCCCUGUACUUAAGGAAGGCCGGGGACUCUUUCAGACUGAAUAGCUGUGCACCAGUGUAUUUAUUUAAGGGGGGGGAAUUGAGGUCUGAGGGGUACGGCACAAAACCAAGAUGAUAUUUGGAACUAAAUUCAUGAUAUUUGGAUAUUGUACUAUAAGUACAGAUGUAUAAAUAGUAAUUGACAAUGAAAUAAUUGAACGAGCCUAUGAAAAUUAAUUUCUGGUUGUUGUAUUUGACCACAAACUGUGCUAGAAGCCCCGCAUUAAAUAUCUGUGCAUGAAGUUGGCCAGGAGUAUUGUUAUAUUGAACAAAACUAGAUAAAUAUUGAACCAGAAUACACUAUAUAUUCUGUACUACAUGCUUAUUUUACCAUUUUUGUUAAACCAUAUUUUUAUAUUUUCUAUGCUGUAUCAGUGUUUUGUAAUAACAUGAUACUGUGAUGUAGGACGACCUAAUGAGCUGCAUGCUUCCACCUGCUCCUUUUCGAACAUUUUUUUUUCUUUGAUAAAUUCUGCACGUGUUUUAAUUUUGUUUUCUUUUGCAACAUUGUUGUUAGAGAUAACUAAUAAAUCAUUUCAAAACAAAGAUAAGGGAUUCAGCCGGGAUUUCCCAACUACAAACAAAGUGGUCGGCGGAACUACUCAUGCGCACAUACAGCGAGUCUGAACAUGUAUAAAUUAAAACAGCAAGUUAAAGAGAGAGAAUUGGUGUGGGAGAAAAUUCCAGCUCCAGUCAAUACACUUACAGUGUAUUCAUUUCAUAUUUAAUCACCGGUAACCUAUAAUAUUGCUGGUGAAAACUGGAAUGGUAUUACACCUAUAAUUUCAUUUAGUUGCAAUCCUGCAGGUGAAAAAGUAAACUAGCCUACUACUAAUCCCAUUCUGAGCCUGCAGCACCAUGAUCAUUAACAGAAAUAUCAUUUCUAAUCCUUUAAUUUUUUUUCAAACUGCCGUUUGAAAAAAACAUAAUGCGACACAUAGAAUCUGCUGGGAUAUAAAAGCAUGUCCACAAUGGUGGAUGUUAGUGACAUGAGGACGGAUAAGGUAUCUACAUAUCUGAUCGACUGUGAAGAAAAUACCUCUCAAAUUGGUUAUCUCGAAAUGAAGAUGCAUCUAUAGUCGGGACUCCGUAUCAUCUCCCCAAGUAAACUCUCUGUGAAGUAAUACAGCCAUAACGUGAGAUACAAG